GCCGCCGUGGUGCCCGGCGGAGGAUGGUGCGCGGCGCGCCGGGGACUCCCUGCUGCCAGAGCCGCAGCCCCGCAACGGAGCCGGCCGCGGCGGGCAGUCGACCCCCGCACUGGGCGCGGGGCGGGCGGCCGCGGUGAGGCGCCGAGGGCGGCGCGGGAGCCGGAGCCGGGCUGGGGCUGCAGCAGCAGCAGCCAUGGGGGCCCUGACGAGCCGGCAGCACGCGGGCGUGGAGGAGGUGGACAUCCCGUCCAAUUCCGUGUACCGCUACCCGCCCAAGUCCGGAAGCUAUUUUGCCAGCCACUUCAUUAUGGGAGGAGAGAAGUUUGACUCAACUCAUCCUGAAGGUUACCUGUUUGGAGAGAACAGUGAUCUGAACUUUCUGGGGAACAGACCAGUUGCGUUUCCUUACGCCACCCCACCUCCCCAAGAACCCGUGAAGACACUGAGAAGCCUGGUCAAUAUCCGAAAGGACACACUGAGGCUUGUCAGAUGUGCUGAGGAAGUGAAGAGCCCUGGAGAAGAGGCCAGCAAAGCUAAAGUCCACUACAAUGUUGAGUUCACCUUUGACACGGAUGCUCAGGUAGCCAUUACCAUCUAUUACCAGGCCAUGGAAGAGUUCCAGAAUGGUAUUGCCAGCUACAUUCCCAAAGACAACAGCCUCCAGUCGGAGACUGUGCACUACAAGCGAGGAGUGUGUCAGCAGUUCUGCCUGCCCUCCCACACCGUGGAUCCCUCCGAGUGGGCCGAAGAGGAGCUUGGCUUUGAUCUGGACCGAGAGGUUUACCCUCUAGUGGUACAUGCCGUGGUAGAUGAAGGAGACGAGUAUUUUGGCCAUUGCCAUGUACUGCUGGGUACUUUUGAGAAGCACACAGAUGGAACUUUCUGUGUCAAGCCCCUCAAACAGAAACAAGUAGUAGACGGGGUCAGCUACCUCCUUCAGGAGAUCUAUGGAAUUGAAAACAAGUACAACACACAAGAUUCUAAAGUAAGUUUUAUCCAAAAUUCUGAAUGUACUCUUUCCAGGAGGCCAACAGAGAAAUUAUCUUAUAAAGUCACACCGUCUACGAAUUUAUCCUCAGAGAAUAUUCCACCAGGCUAUGAAGUAGUAUCUCUUCUGGAGGCCCUCAAUGGGCCCCUCACUCCAUCCCCAGCAGUUCCUCCACUUCAUGUGCUUGGAGAUGGCCACCUCUCAGGAAUGCUCCCUUCAUAUGGCAGUGAUGGCCACCUGCCCCCCAUCAGGACGAUCUCCCCUCUUGAUCGCCUGUCUGACUGUGGCAGCCAAGGACUCAAACUCAAGAAGAGUCUCUCCAAAUCCAUCUCCCAAAAUUCUUCCGUGCUGCCUGAAGAGGAAGAUGAGCGUUCCUGCAGUGAGUCAGAGACACAGCUCUCUCAGAGACCGUCAGCUCAGCAUCUUGGAGAGGAAUGUGGUGUGACUCCAGAAAGUGAGAAUCUCACCUUGUCAUCAUCUGGAGCUAUUGACCAGUCGUCUUGCACAGGGACGCCUCUGUCGUCCACUAUUUCCUCCCCAGAAGGCCCUGCCAGCACCAGCAGCAGUCUGGCCCAGUCUGUCAUGUCCAUGGCAUCCUCCCAGAUCAGCACCGACACCGUCUCCUCCAUGUCUGGCUCCUACAUCGCCCCUGGCACUGAAGAGGAGGGAGAGGCUCUCCCUUCCCCCCAGGCUGCCAGCAGGGCCCCCUCAGAAGAAGGAGAGGGGCUGCCAGCGGAGUCUCCAGACAGCAGCUUUGCUGGCCUCCCAGCUGGAGAGCAGGAUGCAGAGGGAAAUGAUGUUACAGAGGAAGAGGAUGGAUCACCCACGCAGGAGGAUGGCCAGAGGACAUGCGCAUUUCUAGGUAUGGAGUGUGACAAUAACAAUGACUUUGACAUCUCAAGCGUGAAAGCACUGGACAAUAAGCUGUGCUCUGAGGUCUGCUUACCUGGUACCUGGCAGGCUGAUGACAAUGCCGUCAGUCGAUGUAAUGCCCAGCGCCGGCGCUUGUCAUCCAGCAGCCUGGAGGACUCUGAGACGAGGCCUUGCGUGUGGGGCCCUUUGGCUGUCUGAGUCCCGGCCCCUGCACGUGGGCUUCCCUCCUGCCCCUGCAUUCCAUCCAUCCUCACUCGGCUGCUGCCUCCUGGGCAUCCUCAGCAAGAGGCUGGACUUUUCACCCUCCUGUGACAGCUCAUACAACCUGUAACCACAAUCCCUCACCUCUAAGAGGAGACUGGAGCCCUCCUUUCUCCCUGUGGCCUAAAGCCACUCAAUGAACUGCAGCUCAUGAGACCCUUUGCAGGGACUCUGGAAUGUCCCCAUGGUAUCUUGACGUUCAGAUGGAGCUGGGGUCCAUGGGCUAGUUGUUUCUUACGCAUCUUUUUUCUCCUUAGGGGGGUAGAACAAGAAGGCUUAGAGUUUUGGCAGCUUUGUUAUAAACAUCCCUCUGGCAUUUCCUGGUCUCUGGCACACC